AGCCUAUUUUACAUUUUUAUUUGUUUGAUUUUAUUUUCAGUUUAUUUUUGAUGUUUUAUACAUUUUAAUGAGCCAAUCACAGCCCGCCCUCUGCCUCUCCUCCGGUUGUCAUGGUUACCACUUACAGAUUAUCCGGUUACCAUGGUGACUGUCAGAGAUGAUGUAUGACACACACACACACACACACACACACACACUGGGACCAGAUCGAUCACGUGCCUUGUUCUUUUAUUUUUUAUUUCUGAGCUGAUCAAUAACCGUCAGUGACGUCAUUCCACUUCCUUUUAGUGCGGGAAGUCGGUGAGGAAAAGAAAAAGCUGCUGAUCAGCCAAACUGCUGUGUGUCGCUCUGCGGGUUGGUUGUCCUCCUCCAUCCUUCCAUCCUCCUCCUGCUCUUCAUCUUCUCUCCUCCUCGUCCUCCUCUGCUCCUCCGCAGCAGCGAUGUUCCCGCCGGGCCUGGCCGGCCUCGGCUCUCUGUCUGCGGGCUGUCAGUAGCUGAGCAGGUCGGUGCAGGUUCUCCGUCAUGGUGCAGAAAUCCCGGAACGGCGGGGUGUUCCCCGGAGCGCAGGCCGACCAGAAGAAGCUGAAGGUCGGCUUCGUGGGUCUGGAGGCCGGGGGAACCGAGUCCAGCAGGGACGGAGCUCUGCUCAUAGCGGCAGGCGGGGAGGAGGGGCCGCGGCGGCAGCGCAGCAGCGUCUCUGGAGGAAAGAAACCUCCGAAGAGAAACGCCCUCUACAGACGCCUACAGAACUUCCUGUACAAUGUCCUGGAGAGACCUCGAGGAUGGGCCUUCAUCUAUCACGCCUACGUGUUCCUGCUGGUGUUCUCCUGUUUGGUUCUGUCCGUGUUCUCCACCAUCAAAGAGUACGAGAAGAGUUCCGAAGACGCUCUCUACAUCCUGGAAGUGGUGACCAUUGUGGUGUUCGGGGUGGAGUACAUGGUGAGGAUCUGGGCCGCAGGCUGCUGCUGUCGCUACAGAGGAUGGAGAGGACGACUCAAAUUCGCCAGGAAACCUUUUUGUGUCAUUGACAUCAUGGUGUUGAUAGCGUCCAUCUCAGUGUUGGCCGCAGGGACUCAGGGGAACGUCUUCGCCACAUCAGCCAUCAGGUCGCUUCGUUUCCUUCAGAUUCUGAGGAUGAUCAGGAUGGACCGGCGGGGAGGAACCUGGAAACUGCUGGGAUCAGUCGUCUACGCCCACAGCAAGGACUCCCUGUUCUCUGUCUCACUGUACCGUGAUGUCUCUUAUGAUGUCUCUCUGUCUCUGUGUCUCACUGUAUGUCUCACUGUACCGUGA